CGAAGGGAAUAUACCCCCUGUCCAUAGGUUUCACUCCUUUUACACAAUUUGAUUUCAAGUAGACGAACAAAAUUAGUUAUCUCCAUAUUGGUACACACACUUCUGGAGCGCCCUUUAAUUGGGUCAAAACAAACCUUCCUCGACACUCCUACCCCAGAUGCUUUAUUCACAUACUUUAUUUAGACACAGAGUAAAUAUCAAACAUACUUAACUUGCACGCAGGAAGGCAAUUAAUUCUAAACUUCAAAUGUCCUUGUUGCAAAUGCUGCAAUCGUAUAUGCACUUUAUGCAGAGUUUACACGCCCACGCAACUUCGCUUCGAAGUAUGACGUAGGAGGAAUCGGGAGAGGCAACAUGAUAAAACAUCUUGCCCAGCGGUCCUCGAUACUCCGGCGUAUUUUAAUAUGGUUUUAUUGCAGUUGCAUGUCAAACUUUUCUACUGCGUGGGGCGAGUUUCUGAUAAUGGUGCCCCUUAUACCUAACUUCAAAAACUAUCUGGGGGCUUAACAAAUAGUAGAUGUUGUUAUGCACGAUAAUAAAUAAAUUGAAGGUCACGUAAGAGUGAAUUAUUUGUAUUAUUUUUGUUUAAAUCACCAAACAGAGCAACAAACUCACCCUUAUAACGUGUUGCCCUUGACGCCCCUGCUUCGUUGGCAACAAUUUUGCUCAGUUGUAAAUGUUUUGUAUGUUUAUACAAUCUCAAAGGUGAAUAACCUUAAUAAUUGAUUGUGUUAUAAAAACUUUCGUGGCACGUUUAGGUUUUAAAUGAAAAUAAGUUUAGAUUUGUAUUUUAAAAUCCAGUUAGUACCUAUGAGUCAAAUCGCUUAUCUAUUUUCGUUAAUACCUUCAAAACAAUACGAGGACUCGCUUUCUCCCAACUCAAUACGUACACAAUUAUAUGAAAACCAGACACUUUCUCCCUGCGGAUUGUUUUAAUGGUGGCGCGUAGUGCCAUGGCUCAGUACACAUUUGACACUGAUGUACCGCAGACCUUGCCGUCUCAACACGGUUUAAGAUAGAAUGACUUAAUUUGGGCGGGAUUGGGUGUAAAUUCGCCACAAUUGGCGAGAUCAUCUAAUAAAAAUAUGAUUACAAAUAAAAAAAUGUUCGUCAAUAUAAUUGUAUUGGUGGCAACAGACUCUGAUGACCCCAAAGGGUCGUAUCAUUUCCUCUCAGUCAUACACCCAAGCAUCUGUCUAUUUAUUGUUUAUAUGUGUUUGCAUAUAUUGUGUGUUUUAUAAUUUGACGAAUGGAAUAAACUCUCUCUCUCUCUCUCUGUCGUACGCUUCUAAGAAAAUUAUGGUUAGCACUGACUCGAGCUUAAAAGCAAUGUACACAAUCAAGAUAAACGAACUCUUAUAUGCGUUGCUUAUAUAAUAAUUUGUGUGAUAUCUGUCACACUCAUGUAAUAUUUCAUGUUAUCACCAAAUACAAACAUUCUGUUAUCAAUAGUGUAUGCCUUCCAUACGUAAUUGCUUUUCUCAUUUAUAGGGUUUGGGUCAACAGAGUGUCAAGGAAGAUUAUACAACGUCUUAAGUCUCAUUAUGAUAGAAUCGCAUGUACUCGCAGUUUCUACUGGGCACAUAUUCAUUAUAUAUAUAUAUAUUCUAGAUGUAAAUGCUAGUUUUCAGAUCCUUUUCACAAAAACUAUUGCAAACUGAGUGGCAAUCUCAAAUCUGAAAGAUUGCGAAUUUCUAAAAUUUCUCGUUGCUCGAAUUCUCUACCCACGUCAUCUGAGAUAACGCGGCAAACCGCUUUUUGAAAAACACAAAAUACUCAAAUACAAAAUAAACAUCACAAGGUAUAUAUGUUGGGCGCGUGUGUUUAUUCCGACAUAUUGCAGUCAGAUAAACCACCAAAGCCUGGGAAUGUUUUCGGAUAAAUUCUUCAAACUUGUUCUCUACAUCUGCGCUACGAUAUGUUUGGUGGACGCUCUUUCUUUAUCUGAAAAGAAUGUGGAUCCCGCUGCCGUUGUGGAGGUUUCUGAUAAUAACCCGGAGGAGAGCAUUCAUUCAAGCCACAGCGAUAACACCGAUGAGAACCUGAAUAUACAAACCAGAUGUAUUCAAAUUGGACAAAAUGAUUGCGAUAAAUCUUCCGAAUGCUGUGGAUAUCCAACGAUAGUGUGCGCAAUCAACUUGAAUACCUGGGUCACGACUUGCGUUCCUCGAUUCUUACUGAAGAACAGCGUUGGUGGCCAAGAAAUGCAAAUAAUAGAUUAGGAAUGAAAAUUACGAAGUAGCAUAUUUAGAAUAAAAAACUACGCAAUCACUUCUGUCUCGAAUUUAUGGAAAUGUAUAAAGCGAGAGAAUAUCUGAUUUGAUAAACUUCAUUCAAAAAAUUAACUUUCCUUAUCAUGCUCUCUAACUGUGUAAAAAAUUAUAGGCAACUGUUUUAUCGUAUUUUAGUGAUAUUUCGCAUAUACUCGCGUCUACUCAUUCAAUGAGGCAGUAAACAGACAUCAAACUGGGGCGAUUGAUCACCGACAAGAUUCUAAGGCCGAGUACGGGACAUAUAUCAGCUCCGAAUUGUCCUAAAAUUUUGUG